AUGGAUGGACCACCACCCCCGCCGCCGCCCCAUGGCGAAAACCCUCAUACCACCGAAGGCGAAUAUCGCAAGGCCUCCGACAUGCCGCCGGGCAACUAUGACAUCUUCAUCGUCCCGCCUCAUUCUGCAGGCUCCGGCUUCCUCUACCUCCCAUCGCUGCAAUGCCAACGGAACAGCUUCAUUGCGGGUGCCGCAAGCACUCUUUUGGUAGUCAUGAUCUGGUCUGUUGUCGCACCGGUCGCAAAGAAAUGGUACUUUGCAACCAUGGCCGCAGCCGCAUCCAGCAACAACAAUGUGGGGAUGAUAGUGAUUGCAAUUGGAGUUGGAGUGACUGGUUGGGCCUUUGGCAUAUCCCAGACAGGCCAGUUCAAUAGUAGCUCCAACGGUGGCAAGCGAUUCGGCGGUGGCUUUGGGUCUUUUGGAGGCUCUGGUGGACAGAACUCCCAGAAUCAAUCAUCCGGAGCCAACUAUGGCAAUGGACCCGGGCAGCAGCAGCAGCAACAACAACAUGGAGGUAAUGGUGGAUCGGGUCAGCAACACCGACAGCAAGGAGGAGGAAAUUUUGGAAGUGGACCAAACCGAGGGAAUCAGUAUGCUGGCAAUCAACAUGGUUCUGGCGCAGAUUCUGCACCUCCUCCCAAAACUGAUCACAACAAUCAUGGCCCCAACGGUGAUGAGUGGGAAAAGGCGCGCGAAGAGACGAAGCGUAAGGAAGAGCUGCGCCGGAAGAUGGAGGAGUUUAGGCGCAAACGAGAGGCUGAGGCGAAGGAAAAGGAGAGGAAACGAGAAAGAGAGGCGAUGGAGAAGGAGUUGAAAGACCGCCGCGAACAGCUCGAGCGUGAGAUGGCAGCUGCCAAAGAGAAAGCAGAGAGAGAAACCCGCGAGCGGGCAGAAAAAGAAGCUAAAGAGGUCCGCGAACGUGCGGAGAGAGAAGCCAGGGAGGCUCGUGAACGUGCCGAAAAAGAAGCUGCCGAAGCUCGGGCGAAACUGGAAAAGGCCGCCGCCGAGGCCAAAGCCGAAGCCGAGCGACGUGAAGCAGAAGCCAAGGAGAAAGCGGCAAAAGAGGCUGCCGAGAAAGCAGCAGCAGAAAAGGCCGCUGCUCAGAAGGAAGCCAUGGCGAAGUUUGCUGCGCUCAAAGAAGCGGCAGCCAAGCGGUACGCUGAGAAGAAGGCGCAGGAAGCUAAAAAAGAAAAAGAGGCACCACCCAAGGCUGGAAGCGCAACCGGCACUCCUCGAACUCCCUCGCCUAAGAAACCGCCUUUUCCAACGGCCAAGACAACCAUCGAAGAUGACGCCUAUUCCUUUCGGCCCUACGAUCGUCCGCGACGACCAUAUGGGCAAGCAUCCGGGUCAUCAGCAUACUCCGAGUCUUCAUACGCUCCCUCUCAGUCGACAGCACGGACGACGCCUCCUCCAUCUCAUCGCGGCACUUACUCCACCAAGGAUCCGGACAAAAUCGUGAUUUUGGGUGUAUACCAGUUCACCAACGCGUUCAUGAAGACGCCAGUGGCCCAACUAGUUUCCGGACAGGGCAUGGUCACCGACGGACUCGUUCUACGGAUGACUACCGAAGGCUUAUUCGUUGAUGAUGACCUUCGGGGAGUUGGACAACGAGAAUGGGACGUCAAGGCCUGGACCUUGAAGCUGGCAGAGGUAUGGUGUCCUCAAAUGGGGACUCCACCAGGCUCCAAGCAACAAGCCUCCACCAACCCAUUCUCCUUCCGUCGCAGCGGUGCAGCGCACUCAGUGCCCACCAACGAGGAAUCGGACGCAUUCACUGCCAACCUUCUCAAAGUCUGUAAGAACACCUGCCGCCUGGCUUCUCCAAGUGCCGGUGCUGAAUUCCGCGGUCUCCACGUUCUCCGCGCCAGUUUGCGGGAUCAAGAGGGCAAGCGGUACGUCUUUGUCUUGCAAGAUACCGAGGCUUGGAAGGUUGCCAUUGGUCUUCAGCGUCUGCGUGGCGGUGCCCUCGUCCGUGCCUUGGGUGUCUCUGCGCUGCCGGCUCCGGACUGCAAGACCACUCUGAGCAACUUGGGCUAUACUUGA